UGUAUGCUAUUAUUUGAGAUAUACCAGUAGUAAUGUUGAAUUUCGGGAAAAUAUCUUACAUGCAUAAGAAGGCAUAAUUCAAGAUUUUGUCCACAAGCAAAGAAUAUUCAUUUCUAAAAUCAUUUUGAUGUCAUCCCAUGAAACUUCAGCGUCAUUUUCACCUAUUACGAAAAAACCAACUUUGAUAAAAAGAUUUGGAUAACAUUUCCGCCGAUUAAUUGUCUACUACACACAUUCAACUGGACAAUCCAUGUCAGAAUUAAGCUGUCAUUGUAAAUGUAGAAGAAAAGUUUCUUUUUUCCUACAUGUCUUCUUAUUUUACUAUUUGUUCUUCUUAAACUCUGGUGUUACUGGAUUUAAUUAUGCAAAAAGAACAUACGUGAGGAAUUUACUGGGAAAUCAUUUCCAUCCUCUGCAUCGGUUUCCAUAUCAUCAUUUCUAUAAUAAUAAUUAUCGCAAUCGUCCUUUAUGGCGGGACAAUUAUUCUGCUAAUAGCAAAUCAAGGAUAUACAACGAUCAUGUCACUAGUUUUCAUGAGUAUUGUAAUAAAUCACAUGUCCAGUGUAACCAGUUAGCUGGCAAACUAUUUUUCCGAAAAUAUAUGAGAUUUCUAACCUACUCUCGACAACAAAAACGACAAACGCUAACAACAAAUCCCGAUGGAGUAUAUCAACAUUUCAGCUUGUAUGACCUUCAUAAAUCUAGUCCAGACUUUAAACAACAUUCAUUUUUCAAGGUGUCCAAUGCACCCAACUAUAUAUCAUUUUAUUCAGAAGGCAAGAAUUUAAGGAAUAUCUAUCAUUUAAUUGAAUCAAAUCAAAUAAGUUUAUCAAAAUGGUUGAAUCAGCUAUUUCAUUUAACAAAUUUAACAAAAAUUUUCGAUUUAACAGAAAAAUUUACACAUUUCAUCAUAAAUGUAGCCUAUGAAAGAGUUAAGCUUAUUCUCUUUUGUGAAUUUAAAGAAACACUACAAAAAUUAUAUGAAAUGAGAUGGCCAAAAGAACAAUUUUACACGAAGUCUUCGUCAUCGUCGUCUAUUUCGAAAGAAUUGCUAAGAAAUUCAAUUUAUAAUAAAUUAUAUUCAGAAUAUGUUUUUAAUAAAAUUGAUGUACCCAUCACUUCAAUAAAACCAAAGUUGAUACAGUCAAUUUUUAAUGAAAUUGAUUAUAAUGGAGACGGGAUCUUUACACCAUCAGAACUGGAAAUCUUUUUACAAUUCCAUGAAAUAAUACCUUAAUUGUUCAAGAUUACCUCCAGCAGUAUUGAUAACAGAAAGAUACACAGACUGUGAUUUAUUAAACACAAGAGAUGAAAAAGUAAUAAUAAUAAUGAUAAUUAUAAUAAAGAGAUCGCACAUUCUAAGUGAUAAAUUUUCUUAUUUUAAAUACUUGUUAUUUAAACUCCUCUUCUCUUC